AUGCUCCGCCUGCCUGAGAAGAAGGGCAUGCUGCAGCCUCGUGCCGUCCCUAGUCUGUGUAUUGUUUUUUCGUCAAUCACGUUCCUCCUGGUGCUUCCUCUAGUGGAGGUUACUUCGCUAUGGUGCGGCGUCGGGUCUUCGUCCCUGCCUGCGCCGCGCCGCCCCUGGGCACAGAAGAAAGAUUGGAAGCUCCGACCUCCCACGCUGUUCUCUUUGGGGAAGUCGAGGUUGUUCCUAGACCGCUCUACUUCCAGUUUUCCUUUCUUCCUGUCAUUCGCUUCGGGCGGCAGGUGUCUGUGGCACCACGCGCGACACCUGCGCAAUGCCACCCCCCUUUACAAAACGAGGAAAUACGGCCGCUUUCAUUUACUUCCUCGUCACUCCUGUAUUCGUCUCCGUCCCUUGCGGUGCCUCGGUUGCCGCGAGCCAGAAGCCUUUCUGGCUCAUCGCUUGCCUCCUCCGUGGUCCUGCGCCUUAACCGAGUCCCCAUGGAAGGGACAACGCGUGGAUAUCGCUCCAGCCGCACUGAUUGGCGCGUGUAAGCUGCUGAGGCAGACAAGGGGAAGCCAAGCGUCCUGCAGCCUGGAUUCGGCUAGCCACGGAGAAAAGGCGAAAAGCUCGUGCCAAGCAAAGAGAGAGGUCAGCAGGAGGCACCAGGAAAUCGGCCUUGCUAUCAAGGCUGGACAUGUGGCGGACGCCUUCCGGCAGCUAGAGGAGAAUCUCACGUCUGUUCUCCGUUGUCUUGACUGUCAGGAUGGAACAUAUUCCUCUCGUCCCGCCGGCCGAGCUUCCAUGGAUGGUGGUGGGAUGCUCGAAUCUCAGAAUCAAUCAUGUGAGUCGACAUAUGGACCCGCAUCUCGUCGUUCUGAGCCGUCUUCGUCCUCCUGUCCUGCCCCCGCCCCUUCGUCUCCUCCGACAGUCACCUCCUCGCACAGAAGGAAUGCAGCUGUAAUUCCGUUCAUCGAGAGUGCCAGUGGCGUCAUCAACCUGGCGGCCUCGACUGGGGAUUUCUCCAUUGCAUGCAGAGUGCUUUCUCUUCUCGAAAGACUUGGGUUACUCCAUCCCCUGGCCAGCAGUGUGGGAAGUGCUUUCGUCGCCGCGGCGGCGGCGGCAGGCGAAGCCGAGGCGGCCAGCCGAAUGCUGCAGAUAAUGCACGCUCAAGGCGUCGAGAUGCGGCGCAAGGCGUUUGGCGCGAUUGUGCUUCUGCUCCUCUCCAGGGGGCAAGGGUUUUCGGUUUUGAAGCAAAGCGGGUUGCUACAGCUGAUGAGGGAGCACCGCCGACUGCCGCUGCCCUCCCACCUCCUCGCGCUUCUCGUUCAGGACGCACGCGGAGUGAGAGCCCAGUUGGACCGCGAACGGGAGGCCUGCAGCCGCCUAGCUGCCGUGCUGCAAGCAGCGGGGGGGGCGGACAACGCGGACGACAUGAACAACGCAGAUGGCAGGAGUCCUGAUUUCCCACGAGUGGGUGACGAGACACGCCAUGUAGACCGACAUGGCAAAGUUUUUGCGCAGGGAGAGCUGUCGGUGGAUCCAUCUGGGGAACAGAGAUAUGAGGGAGCGGGGCGAUCUGCGUCGCUGCCAGUCGAUUCCAGCUGCCCUGCCGGCAGGCAGGAAGAGCGGGCGGAUCUGAGGGCGACCUCGGUGGAAAACGCGGAAAAAGCAUGCCGUCUGGAAGUGAGAAAGAGUCUUGUCAUGCUUCGAGAGUUCGUCGUUGCAUGCGUGGAUGUCCUUAACCUGCUUCACGACGUCACAGAGUAUGGACAGCCGCUAGCGUAUGCGCCGGCGGCAAACUUCUGUGCUAUGCUUCGCGAUCUCAAUCUGCCAGUUGCUCACGUUGGACAGGCUGUUUUGCGGCACGAGGAAGGCACAAGUGGGAGAGACGGAUCGGCGGCUUAUCCUGGCGGGCCUGCGGCUUCUCAGAUUGCCCAAGGGGAGGACGUUCACGUGUCGAAAGACUGCUGGCCCCUUCCUGCUCUGCGGUAUCGGGAUCCCGCGGCGCGGGUGUACGCCGAAGACUGCCUCAACUCCUUACAAGGUUGCGGCAGUGCCGCUAAGCAUCCUGCGGAACCUCAGGCGCCAUGUAAAGCGAGCACGGAACUCGACUGCUACGCCGCCGCAGACGACGAAGGGAAGGAGAAUAAGUCUGUGAACGCGGCAAGCCAGAAGCGCCCUUCUGAACAUUCCGACGAGCCGCGGUACUUCUACCAGUUUCCCGCAGCUGAGUCAGCUGGUGCGCUUCCGGUUCCGGACUCCGCAUUCAGGGACGACGGAAAAAAUCCGGCCUCUCAGUUAUGGACAGAGAAAGGCGGCGAACAGAAAGGUGAACAGCCCCGCCCCCAGCGGUACGGCGUCUGCGCAGGCUGUGGAGUACAUUUGCGGCGUGUCCCGUUGAGCUCCAAUGAAAGGCGCCUGCUCCGCUUGGGGGUUCUCAAGCUUUCCGCUAUGCUGCAGCCUCGACAGCUUCGCGCCCUCUUGGCAUUCGAAGUCAACCUGAGCCGCGUGCAGGGCCUCUGUCCUCCCAGUCUGGGUCAUCUCAGGAGGCCGCUGGGGCGACAGCAUGCGUCGGCGGAAGGUGUGCUCUCAGACGGGCUUGCAGGGAUGAAAGUUCAGGACGCCCGAUCCAAACUGCAUGGGAGGAGUGAAAACCGGCAGUCGGUCGGCAGUGAACGCAUUGAUCCGGUUUCUGAGGGCUCUCCUGCUCAGGGUAGACCCUCCAGCAUGGAGCACUCUUCUGCGGAAGGUCCGACUCGCUGCGGCUUGAAUUCCGAGGUCGCCGCGCUAUCACCCAACGGUCGGGGGACGUGGCCGUGCCCGAGUGACAGGUCCGCUGUGCGAGAGUGCCGCGGAAAGCCCCCUGUGGGGCGGUUUGCGGUGCGUUCUUCGCCACGCUUUACCAUCGUCUUGGAUGCCGCGAACAUUGCCUACAACCGCCAAAACCGUGAGGACGGCAUCUUCAGCUACGCUCAGAUAGAGUGCGUUCGUCAGGAGCUCGUGAGCCGCGGGGAGCGUCCGCUCAUCAUUCUUCCGGCGGCUUACUUUUGGGGGGUGCGGCCCGCGGGAUCUCUUGGCACUCCGUCGGUGGGUUUCACUGAAAAGGGCAGAUCAAGCCUGUCUUCUAAGUCUCUCCUCAAACCACGACAAACCGUCUUCGGCCUAAAGGCUUGUGAAGCACGCGGUGAGGAUGAGAGUCCCGGUGCCGCGUGGCCAGCAAGCUGGUCCGCCCUCCCGGGCGCAGACCCCGUGGCGUGCAGAAAAGGCCUGUGUCCCUUCUGCCGAUACGAGAUUAUCGUCCCGAAUCGCUGCAAGCCAAGCAACAGACGAAGGAGAGAUAUCUUGGGGCGGGCUGCUGCCACGCAGGCGGCGCGCGCUCUUCGAAGUCAAGCGACUAGGACGAGGAACGCGGCCCCCGCGGAGGACGACGCCGUCGCCCUGAACCUUUCCGAUUCCUUCGCGCAUUCGAAUUGUCUUCGUGGGCGUCCCUGGGAGUCUGCCGUGUCGGGUGGCAAAUACGGACCUCUCUCGAGCACAGGGGAUUUCACGUUCUUCUCCCUAGAUGGCUAUGAGAGGGGAGAGUACUCUUUCCCAGAUGCCGCAAAUCAACAGCGGGUGACCUGCCGGGACAGGGCACUACUGAAUAAGUGGGAACGGGACGGAUGUCUCUUUGUCUGCGGGUUAGGCGCACACGAUGACCAUUACCACCUUCUGGCGUCUCUGAAUGCUCCUCCGGCUCGCGAAAGCCUCUGGGAGAGGCUAGGACCAGUCACCCUGUCCUCCUCUUCAGCAGCCGCUCGCAGGCAGGAUGACGAUGAAGGGACGUACAACGAACUUGAGAGUGUUGAAGGCGAGAAAGGGGACUUGUUGGAUGCCUCCUGCAAGGCGGAACGCGGGCCGACUCUGUGUAAUGAUGCCAGAGGUCUCCCGCCGGAACUCAGAGAUGGAACAAAUCGCGCCAAAAUACCACAUGAACACAGGGCGCCUUGUUCCGGUAGCACCGAGUCCCGCACUGCGGGCGGAACUAGUGGUCCUUCCGACGACAGACGGCCUCUGCUGCUUCAGCUUGGGGGCGAACUGCCGCCUUGCAGCGAGGGCGAUGCUGGAGAAGCAGCGGCGCAUCUGAGCGGGCGGGCGGUCAGCAGCCAGGACCACGGGUCAAAGGCACACGAUGGAAACGAACAAAGUCGUGGAGAGCGGCACAACGACGGAAGGCGCCGUAGUUUUCUCGGAUACGUGUGGGAUUCGGGGCCGGGUGAUUCAAAGGACACCGUUCUGGGAUGGGCCGACGAGUCGGCCCAUGCCCGGCUUCAGCAGAAUGCAGGCCUCCACCUCGACGCUUCGCCUGGUUUUUAUCCUCUCUCUCUCCUGACAAACGACCGCUUUCGCGACCACCGUCUGUCUUCCCAGCAGCGCAUCCCGUUCCGCCACUGGCGGCAACUUGCUCUUCUUCCCUAUGCUUUCCAGUGGGGUCUGAGUCCCCACGACGAAGAGGUCCGGCUUGCGGCGACGACAUCGGAGCUGUUUUCUCCCUCCUGUGGCGGGGCGCCUGCACCGACUGCAUAUGGAAGGCGAAGGCACAAGCAGCGAAAGCCGGCUGGCGCGAGACCGAGAGGUCGGCUUCCAGCAGGUCGGCUGAGCACGGCAUCGCGUGGCUGGUCUCCGCCGGAACUCAAACAAAAGGAGGUCGGCGAAGUCGACCCAUCACAGGCAGGGAACCCCUGGGGAGGAGGCGCACCCGUGGAUCACGCCGCGGUUUCGGCAGAUUCCAUCGGUGACGGAAACCGUGCGGAUUCCUCUCAUUUGUUUCAAGAGACCUCGCUGGCUGACGUUUUCGCUUGGGAACCCUUUGCGUCGUUUCCUGACGGAUCAAAAGCAUUGGCGCCAUUCAGUGGAGUAAGCAGCCGCGACGGAGAGACCGGGUCUCCCCAGAUAGGCACGGGGCACGCACACUCAUCUUCAACAGCUAGCUUCCUUUCGAUGCCUGGUUUGUGUCGGAAGCUCUCCUCAGGCACUCUGGCAUCCCACGUCAUGCUGAAAUACCCCUUCAUCCGCUUCAGUCGUCAAAUCUCCCCUUCAUUGGCGGUGUGCGACCGACUGGCCUCGCAAAGCGCUCUUUUCAGCUGCUCUUCUAACUUGUCUUCUUCCAGUUUUCACACUCUUAGGAAGGGGCGGAGAAGGGAACGCGCACCUGUCUUUGGAGAUCGACCUUUUCCAGAGAGCGAGCAGAGCCUGCCCCCGGACCCUACGUGGAUGCAUGACAAAGAUCUUCCGCUCGACCUCUACUCGCCUGACGACGAGCGGGCGGAGCCGCUCCCGCAGAUGUCCCACAGCUUUCCCUUACUGUUUGUGGGAAUGACAAAGCACGUCACCCAGCGGAUGCAACUCUCUCGCCAAACGCGGAGACGCGCGACUCAGUGGCUGCCUGUUGCACCGAGUGAAGAGGGAGGAUGGAGGAGCGUCAUCGGGGCCUCCCUGACUGGCGAGCGCCCACCGGAUUUGCGAAGCCUUGCGGCGCAUCUGAGUAGAUGGCGACAGGCCAAUCAGGUCAGUCUCCGCCGUGGGGGCAGCAGUGAGGACAAAGGCGAAGCGCGUGUGACUCCGCACGGCCAGGACUCGCAACCGCCAGAAGGCGACCAGUCGUUUGUGUGGCACGUACCGGUGCGAGAAGAAGACGAGGAGGGGUUCGUCGGUGUGGAUGAGUCCUCUGUCGCGGUCUCCUCUCGGAGUGGCGAGCGGGCGCUUGAGGGGAAUGCGCCCGAGCUCCCCGCCACAACAGAAAGGACGGAACGAUCGCGCACGAGCCUGCAAUUAGGACGCAAAACAAAGAACGAGACGGACGAGGAGGGGGGAAGCUCCAGCGCGUUCGAGGAAUGGGCACGCCACGAGGGAGGGACGGAGGACAGCCGAAGUGGAGACGCAGGCUUUGAAGACGCGACGCAAGCAAUUGAGUGGCGCUACCAAGAGGCGCUUGAGAGAAGCAAAACGUGGCUUGGCAUCGACCUAUACCCCCUCCGUCACCUCAUUCGCGAGCGGGAAGAUUUUCUAGAGGGCAGCUGGGUAGCGGUCUGA